AUGUCGCAACUGGGUAGUGGGUACCGCGACACGAUACCCUGCGCCCUGGAAGAAUUCUGUGUGGACGAUGAGCAGGCCGCUCAUUGCAUACUGACAAGGCAACCUCAGCCUCGACCAAUUUCUAUAACGAGGCAAUCUCACGCUCGCAGAGGAACCACCGUCAUGAUCCUUCACGGUUCACAGCUUGAAAAAGCAAGGAAGAAAGCAAGAGCAAAAGAAAAGCUGUCACCGAUCUCUCAUGAGCCUCAUGAGUCUUCUUCGAAUGCACCCGCUCCUAUCAAAAUUUAA